AUGUGUAAACUUAAUGGAAACAAGUUUCUUUCAUUGCUUAAUGCAUUGAACAAUACAUCUCUUACCAACCCUCUGCCCGUGUCCUAUGCUGUCCCUCACUCUCUGUACCAGGCUCCGGCUCUCGAGUACACGAAGCCUCUGUCUUAUGGCCCAUAUGCCAAGACUGUGAUCGCUGCUGAGCCAACCUACGCCAAGACUGUGAUCGCUGCUGAGCCAACCUACGCCAAGACUGUGAUCGCUGCUGAGCCAGCCUAUGCCAAGACCAUCGUGUCGGAGCCCAUCUACACCAAGAACGUGUUCGCUGAGCCGAUGUACGGCAAGAGCAUUCUCGCUCAGCCAGCUCCGAUCUACGGUGGAAAGGUCCUGUCUUAUGGCCCACAGCUCGCCUACGGAGGCUAUGGUGCCCAUGGCUGGUAAAUGUUUUGACUGUGAUAAUGUACCGGCUGAAUGCGUGCUAAGUGAUAUAUGUGAUAUGUGUAAGAAUAAACGUGUAUUUAUGUAACCUUAUGCAUGGUUCUGGAUUCGUUUCGUUCUAAAC